AUGACGCUGCCAACCAGCGAAACACCCAUCAAACUUGUGCUGACGAACAGCAACCGGCACAAAAGCACCGAGGAGGCUUUGCAAUUCUGCUGCAAAGAGGAGGACACACACCAGGGGAGAGGCAUUUCCCAAAAGAGCCAUGCUAACAAACCCCUCACGGAAAAUGCGAAUGUAAUAGCGGAAGAACUUUUAGGCGAACUCCUCUACAUAGGGGUCAUCAUCAAGCAUAUCAAUAAAUUACCAUCGAAAGAAAAUACAAAAAACUGGUUAAAACAAAAUGCAAACUAUCAUGUCCAUGUUGAUAUAGUACUCGUGAGUGACAAUGGAGUGGAAGUAUCAGCACUCGCACAUGAUCUGCAUUUGCAGGAGGAAAAUUAUUUCCAUAGUGAACAAAGAAGAGUGCACAGGAGAGUGCUAGGCAGGAGAAGGAGUUCAUCUAACAACGAGAGGGACCCCACAGAUGGGGUAGAAGAAAGUCAAGGGAGGAAAACGCAAGACAGUUGGACACCUCUAGGGAAGACUGCAUGGCAGGUGGAGCAAGACAAAUUUUUUUUCCCACUAGAUAACCAAAAACAGACACGCGAAAAAAACGUUGAAGACGUUCUCCUCGCAACGGAGGAGGAGUUCCAAGUGGAAGGGGUCAUUUAUUUUUUGGAGCUACCACUGACCAUUGCGCAAAGGUACCUCAAUAAAGAACUACUGGUAAAGGUCCAGCUGUGUGAAAUCUCCAAGGUGGACAAGGGAAGGAGUGUGAACUCCUUCCUCAACGAUAAACAUGUGAAUGAUUUGAGAAAAAUUUUCAACUACCCGUCGCUGUUGCUGAGCAACGUGCAGUGGUCGUCGACCUUUACGUCCGGCAUGGCCCUCGAAAGGGAGAAGAAAAGGAAAAAAAAGAAAAAUGGAGAGAAUGGCGGGGAUGGUCGGGAUGGCCCGCAUGAUAGCGAUGACGACUACAGCGACCAUAGCGAUGGUGACGAUGACGACGACGACGCGGACCGCGAGAGCAACUCCUUCCCGCACAACGGAGAGGACGUCCGAAGCUUCCCGCCGAACGUCAACAUGCACAGCAUAUGCAAAGGCCUUAACAAGCUGGAGGAACACGUGCACAGCUCAAGCUACGCAAACAGAGACUUCAAAAAAAUUAUCUUAACCAAACCAAUCGUCGUCACUAAGCCACUCAACAUAAGGUGUAGAAUAAUGGAACCCUACCUCUAUCUCCAAAUUGAGAAUGUAACAAAACAAAAUAGGGUGAACAUUCACGAGCUGUUUUCUAGAUCUGUGAACAUUGACACUAGUGACACUUUUCCAUUUUCUCUCCUCCCGGAAGAGACCUACAGUCUUUACCUUCCGAUUUUGAACUUCGUGCAGGUCCUCUCGCAGAAGAGUGCCCAAGACAGGGAGAGGAUGAGGAGCUCCCUGCGCAGCUCUGUGUACGCUGCUGAUGUGAGCACUGGUAUGCAGAACACCCUCCACGGUAUCGAUGUAGGUGCUUCACUGUAUAACCCCUUUAUCCUCGGCGCAGAGGGAGGGACCUCUCAUCAGAUGGGAAAACGCCGCAGUAGUGAUGCACACCAGCGGGCAAGCCAACUUGCAGAUGUCACGAAGCGAUUCAAGAACAGGAAUCAAAUUUCAUCCAUCCCAUUCGAAGACAGGCAUAAACGUUUGUCCUUCCAAUUCCAAAGCGAUAAGAGCAUCAUCACCCUGUCCAUUAAAUGGAGCAUCGACGACACUCCGGAUAACUCUAUAUGGUCCCAGUACUGUAUGGAGAUGGAGAUGCCAAAACCGCACACCUUCAACCUUGAGGUUUCCUUCGUAAAGGAAAUCAAUACUUCCUCCGUCCUUUUGGCGGUUUUUUCAUUUUAUAAUCCCCACCACGAGGAGAUAGACCUUCUGAUCGAGAUGAAAGAUGAGAGUGAUGCCCUAAACAACGACACCCACAGUUCGCUCAUUUCCUUUAGCUCGCUAAUCAACGUGGGGAUUAUCAAACCAUUUCAGCGCAAGUCGGUCAGCGUCCGCAUGCUCGCCAUUAUGUUCGGGGUGCACAAUGUCCCCUUCGUUAAGAUUAUCAAUCGGGUGACCGACACUGCGUAUUAUGUCGACUUGGGAUCCAUCCUCGUCACGGAAUAG